GGCAAAAAAAUAAAAAUAAAAAUAAAGGGAAAGAUGGUUUCAGUGGCUUAUGAGCUUUUAAGGUUUUGUUUAAUAUAUUCUAGUCAAUAGUAUGUCUAAUUUUAUUGGGUUUUGGAUGAGAGAGAGAGAGGGAGAGGGAGAGAGGCGGAAAGGGAUGGUUAUAAUGGGGUUUCCAGAAUCAGGAUGUUGGUCAAAGAUAUGAGUCCAGCUGCUUUCCAAUCUUUGGAGAGAGAGCUGUGAUUUAAAAAGUAGUACUGGGGGUGUCUUUUGGAAUGGUUUCUGGGAUUCAAUACAGCGGCAAAAAGGAUUUGAACAUCAAGCUUCAUUUAGAUUUGUUUUUUUACUAGUGUUUUUUUUGGGGGAUAUAAUAAUAUCAUCGGAACUUAUUCAAGUAGCUUUUGUUAUUGUAUUAUUGAUCUAGAGAGAUCGAUAUGGGCAAGAAGAAGCAUCAAAAAACGAAGGAGCUUUCAGUAGCAAUCGCAGAAGCUUCAUCGACAGGAGAUGAAACCCAGCAACAGUCACAGCCUCAGACUCCCAGGAAGAGAGGUAGGCCUCGCAAGAUCAUUGAGAAACCCGAAAGCCAAUCUAGCAAAGAAGAACAGCCAGCGGAGAGCCAACCGAAGAAGGUUAAGUCGGGCGAGGAAGAAGAAGAAGAACAAGAAGAGCAGCUAAAGGGAGAGGGUUCGUCUGCCUUUAUGGGAGCUUCAAAGGAAGAGGGUGAUCAGUCGGAGAAGAGGGUGGUUCCAAGAAGCCGAGCCAGGCGAAAAAGCAAACCCAGAAAGAGCAGCUAGCUGAGCUUAGGUAAUAAUAUCAAUCAAUCAAAAAGUUUCUUCUUCCUAAUUUGUUCCUUCAUGCUGCAGCUUCGGAUUCAUUGGUUAAUUAUUCGUUUCUCUCUUAUUUAUAUAAAUUACAAAGAGAGAAAGGGCAUAGCUUUUGUAUUAA